AUGGCUGAAGUGAAAGAUCCAUCUCGGGAGUCGUCAGAGACUUCGAGUAGUCCGGUACCUCUUGCCGGGUCUGAGGAGCCGAAAGAUGUAUCAAUCCUCAAUACUACGGACGAUGAUGAGAAGAAAGCGACUCCUCCACCAGGCCCGCCGGUUUUGGAGUAUCCGGGAGUCAUCAUGGGCAGUGUACUCACCAUAGCCUUGCUGCUGGCCAUGUUUCUGGUCGCUUUGGAUAUGAGCAUCAUCACCACUGCUAUCCCCACGAUUACGGCUGACUUCCAUAGCGAAAAUCAGAUGGGAUGGUACGGAUCCGCCUUCUUCCUUUGCUUGGCCAGCUUUCAGGCUUUCUGGGGAAAAUCAUACAAGUACUUCCCCAUCAAGAUUGCCUUUCUAACCGCCAUCGGCGUGUUUGAGCUGGGGAGCUUGGUGGCCGCCCUGUCGCCCAACAGCCCGGCCUUGAUCGUCGGUCGUGCUAUCCAAGGCGUUGGUGGCGCGGGUGUUACAGGUGGCUGCUACACAGUUCUAGCCUUCAUCACGCGACCUAAAUACCUACAUGCCGUUUUUGGUCUCACCAGUGCCGUCUUUAGUUUGUCGUCCGUGCUGGGCCCCAUCCUGGGUGGUGUAUUCACCCAGUACGCGACAUGGCGAUGGUGCUUCUGGGUCAACCUGCCCAUUGGAGGUCUCACAGUGAUCAUCUUGGUGCUGUUUUUAAAGAUGCCUCCCCAUUCCCGCGUUGCCAAUGCCAAACCCAGGGAGAUCCCCUUCCUCUUUGAUAUCCCAGGAAUGACUCUCACAGUCUGUGCGAUGGUGUGUGUGCUCUUGGUACUGGAGAACGGUGGUGUCACCAAGCCCUGGAACAGCGGUUACUGUAUCGGAUUACUCAUUGCCUCUGGCCUGCUCGUUAUAUUGUUGAUCGCGCUGGAAUGGAAACAAGGUGAAAGGGCCAUGGUUGUCCCUCGGAUCAUCAAGCGCCGAACCAUUCUCGUCCUCGCGUUGUUUAACUUGACAGCGCAGGGCUCUGGAUUUGCCCGUCUUUACACCCUUCCCAUUUACUUCCAGGCCGCGCAAGGCCAGUCGCCCUCACAGUCAGGGAUUCGAACCCUGCCUACGGUGUUGACAACCUCCAUAUUCAGUUUCGCUGGGUCCAUCGCUAUCGGCAAGGUGGGUUACUACCAGCCCUUCCUAAUGCUGGGUUCCAUGUUCGUGACGAUUGGAUCCGCUAUGAUCUAUACUCUGGAGACUAGCUCUGGGGCAGGCAAAUACAUUGGCUAUCAGGUGUUGGCCUCCAUUGGAUCGGGACUCAUCAUCCAGCUCAACGUCAUUGUUGCUCAGGCAAUCUCCAAGCGGGUGGACAUGUCUGUCACCCUGGCGUCCGUUUUAUUCUUUCAAUUCAUUGGUGGUACCGUCGGUGUUUCAGCCGCCACAAAUAUUAUGAACAAUGUGGUCCUUUCCUCUCUACCGACAGACAGCCCGACUAUAUCUGCUUCUGCUGUGCUUGCUGCCGGUUCAACCGGACUGGCCAAGAUGUUCCCGAACGCCGCGGACUUCAAGAUUGUCGUAAACGCCUACAUGAAAGGACUCAAGGCCGCCUGGAUCUGGUGUAUUGCCCUAGCCGGGGUGGCCUUCUUGGUCUCCCUUGCUGCAGAGCGGAAGAGUGUGCGGUUGGAAGAUGUCAAAAAGAGAACCGAGAAGAAGGCUGCGGCUGAGGCAGCCACUCCUUGA